AAUAUUAUUUACAUAACGUUUUGAGCAUGGCAGUUUCCAGCAGACUGAAGAUAAACAUAAGAGACAUUUUAGUUUUAAAUCGAUAUUUACAAAAGUGUUUAUCAACUGCUGAAAACAACAGACUAACCACUUUAUCAGACAGAAGACACAGACCGUGGCAGGUUUCUUCUUGCAAGUACAAAAUGAUGCAAAAACGAGGAUUCUCCUCAGACACUCUGCACACAGACACCAUGACAGACAUCAACCCAUUCCAGCAAGCCAAACCAGAGAUUGACCACAUAUGUAGCAAUAUUAAUAAGACAUUCAGCACACAAACGUCCGAACUGAGAGAAAUGGCUCAAUACUACUUUGAUGGACAAGGCAAAACAUUUCGUCCCCUGAUAGUGUUACUAAUGGCUAAAGCCCUUAACAUACAUGAAAACAACAUAGAUAAUAUUUCACAGUCACAAAAGCAAGUUUCCAUGAUUACGGAGAUGAUCCACACUGCUAGUUUAGUACACGAUGAUGUGAUAGACAACUCCUGCACGAGGCGGGGAAAACAAACAGUAGACAACAGAUGGGGACAGAGAAAGGCUAUAUUGGUGGGAGACUACAUUCUUUCUGUAUCAUCAAUACUUCUGGCCCAGCUUCGAAAUGAAGAAGUGGUCAAAAUACUGUCUCAGGUCAUCGAGGAUUUGGUCAGGGGAGAAUUCAUGCAGCUAGGAUCAAAGGAGGAACCUAAUGAUAGGUUCAAUCAUUACCUCAAGAAAACAUUCAAGAAAACUGCCAGUCUUAUAGCCAAUAGUUGUAAAGCAGUUGCUGUUUUAAGUAACUGCAGUGAAGAAGUAACUCGGGUUGCUUUCGAAUAUGGACGUAAUAUAGGAAUGGCCUUUCAGCUAAUUGAUGAUCUAUUAGACUUUACAUCCCAUGAGAGUAUUAUGGGAAAACCCACGGCAGCUGAUCUCAAGCUUGGACUUGCCACUGCUCCAGUACUGUAUGCAGCUCAGGAACACAGAGAACUGAAUGCUUUGAUAAUGAGACGGUUUUGUCAUGAAGGAGAUGUAGAAUUAGCCAGAUUAUUAGUCGCUAAGAGUGAUGGUGUUUACCAAACCAGACUAUUAGCAGAGGCACACAGUGCUGCAGCGAUAGGCUUAUUGGAUGAACUAAAACCCUCUGAAGCCAGGGACGCGUUAGAACAAGUAGCCUCCAUGGUGCUUAGCAGGAAUAAAUAACACCGAGAAUCUUAGGGGACUCAGUGGUCUUUAUUUGUUAAGAUAUAUUGUUAGGGUUUUAUAUUAUAGUAUUUUAUCAAAUUGCUUGCAAUUCCCCAUAACAUGUUUUCCCAUUUCUUAAAGAAAGAAUAAAUUAUGUAAAAGAG